AUGUAUUUUUAUCGAUACAAAGAACUGACAUAUUAUAUAGACACAAACAGUGAUAACCAAGAAGUUAUUAAAACUAUAAACUCGAUCAAUGUUAUAUCAGUUAUAUUGAGAACAACUAAAACAAAACUAUCCGUGCCGAAUGAGAGCUACCUCAUAACAGCCGGGAACACUUAUGACUUCAAUGAAACCUUCGCUAAUCUCGUGAGAGAACCCUCAUGGAACCCGCAAACUCAGUAUUUAAUCCUCAUCAGAAAUAUACUAAAGGAAGACCUCAAAUUUAUCUUUGAUGUUUUGUUAAAGUUUCAUAUUAUAAACGUAGUUGUGAUGAGUGAAUCUAAUUCGUUACUAUAUAGUUACGACCCAUUCGAUAAAUACGCGUGCGGUCAUCGUUACGAACGAAUAAUUGAAUACGGGAAAUGCUCAGAAUUACGUCAUAAAAAAUUGUACCCUUACAAAUUAGUGACGGGUCUUAGAAAUUGCACUCUUAGAGUUAAAUGCGUACACUGGCCUCCAUAUAGCAUAAACCCGACGAAAAACAAUAAUUCCGUAUAUUCGUUAGGAGUCGAGCAAUAUAUACUUAACCUAUUAAGUGUUUUAGAACAUUUUCAUAUUAAUUUUAUCUAUAGUUUCGUCGACGGUGAAAUGUUUACAGUGUUUGAUAAAAAUAUGUCAGCAAUCGGUCCUUUAAAGUCCUUACAGAAUGGAUCGUCCGACGUAAUAAUAGGUGGGAUGCUACUGACACAUCCGAGGAUUGAGGUUUUCGAUUAUAUAGACGAACAUUUAAGUUCCGCUGAGGACAUUCGGUACGUUGUCAAAAAAGCCACAGCUGUGUCCUCUUGGAAGAAUCUUUACUUGGAGUUUAGUACAAUAGUAUGGAUCACACUGCUUUUUUCUUUAAUUUUUUACUUCUUAUUUUUUAUCAUCGUAAUUCGCCCAAGAGAUAUAGGCGAGGUAUUCCUGAAGAUAUUAGCCUCUAUGUUUCUCGUUAGUUAUAGAAUUAAGGGGAGCUGUUUCACAAAGUACCUAUUCAUCGCGUGGGUUUGGUUCGCUUAUCUCGUCAAUUCAUAUUACCAAUCUAGCUUAGUAAGCUUAGUGACGAAUCCGUGUAUGAACUACCAAAUAUCUGACGAGAUGGAUAUUAUAAAAUAUAACCUUAAACCUUGCAUAAGUAUAUUAAUGAGGGAUUUUAUGUUGUCAGUAGACAGUAGUAGUACGUUCGAGAAAAAUGAAAACAAAGACUGCGAUAGAUUGUUGCAAAGUAUUAGUACUGUUGGCCAAUACGAUGAUAUUUAUACAGUUACUCUGAAUACAAUAUAUACGUACCAUGAGCGCAGUUUCUAUAAUGAGAAAGGGAAUCCAACGAUCUAUACGUUUAAUCGCCCACUUAAUAAAAUUAAUUUAGCGAUUUAUGUUUACAAGGGGUUUCCUUUGCUUGAAAAAUUGCGUAUACAUACCCUGCGUUUAAGCGAGAAUGGAUUAAUAGAAAAUUAUCUACGAUUGUUGUACCGGAAGAACAAUGUAAGGUACAACUUUAAUGAAAACGUCAAAAAGGCUGCUUUAUGUCACCUGACAGAGGUGAACAAGGUAAUUGCUUGUGAUAUAAUCUAG